CAUCACUGAAGGUGUAGUCAAAAUGGCAACACGAAGCCCACAAGCUCUUGAGAUCAUACAGCUUCUCUACGAGUAUCAUGGAAAGUUUACCAAUCUCUGAAGAGAUAGCCCACAAUGCGGUCGAGCGUAUCCAUGGACUUGAAAUCCUUGCUCUGUUUUACCAACAUCGAGACAGCCUACCAAUCUCUGAAGAGGUACUCAAUGCAGCAAUACAGCACGACCACGGAAUCGAGGUUCUGCGGGUUUUUAGGGAGCAUCAGAACUGUCCACCGCUCUCUGCAAGUACACUCCACAACGCAAUCUCAACUCCACAUGCACUUGAGAUAUUAGAUCUUCUACAACAGUACUACCAGAACAAUCUCCUAAUUUCUGGGGCUGUACUCACGGCAGCAAUGAAUCAUGGCGAUAGGGCGAAAAUAUUCAGGCAGCUCUACCAACAAGAUGAAAACGUACCAGUUUCUGAGGAAGCAUUGAACAGAGCAAUUUUGGAUCAAAAAUGCUUGGAUAAAUCAAGCCUCCUUUACCAAUUUCAGAAGAACCUCCGGCUCAAAAAAACUGCUGUAGAGUUCAUAGCAACGGAGCUUAAGGGACCUGGAUACGAAUGCAUGUGUUCGCUGAAGUUGGCGGGCAACAAUACGGAGUACGAAUAUCGUAGAGAGUGUCUCAAACUUAUAUGUUUAAACCAAAGUGAUUUGGUUCUCAGAGUCAUCAAGAACUCCAUAGUCAGAAUGAAAUUAUGUGCAUGCUGCGUGGAAUUGACGAGGAAGAAAUUGUGUGGCUAUGUUGCUCAUGAAGGACGAGCGUGA